GGGCAGAAAGCAUACAUAAGAGCCCCUGUUUUUCAUUCUCUGCCGUGUUCUCAUCGACUGUAGUGGACGAGGAUGGUUCCACACUUUGGCUCGUGGUCCAGUGUUGCCUUCACGCUGCUGUGCUGCACGGUGUGUGGGACUGAGAUUUCCUGUAGAAAUGAAGUCGGUGAACCGGUUGACUGGUUUAUCAUCUACAAACUGCCCCGGUAUAGGAUCGGUGAAGUUGGCAGUGGGGUGGAGUACAUGUACCUGGACUCAUCAGUAGGGAGUUGGCAGAUGAGUACAUUUAUGGUUAAUUCCAGCCAAGGAGCCAUAGGGAACACACUUAAUCAGCUAUACAUGGGGAAAACAUACAUGUCUAACAGCUCCGUCUAUGCUCUCUACAAUGAUGGACCACCAGUCCUGAAAUACGUCCGAGGAUAUGGACACACAAAAGGGGUUCUUCUCUUUGACCACUCUCAAGGUUUCUGGAUGUCACACAGCAUUCCCCAUUUCCCCUCAUUCCCUGAGAGGGGCUACCAGUACCCCUCCUCUGGCAAGCUUAACGGCCAAACCGCCCUGUGUGUGACCUACCAGUAUGCACAGUUGCUCCGUGUAGUGACGCAGUUGGCCUAUCUGUACCCACGUUUCUAUAACUGCUCUGUCCCCUCUGCGUUCAUGGCCGAUCUGCCACAGCUGGCGCAGAUGUGCGAGGGCUCCAAACCCACGCUGGCCUCCAACAGGAAGGUGGAACAGCUUUUUUCUCUCCAGGGUGAAAAGUUUGUCAGUUUUGUCAAAUCUGAACACUUUGUGGAUGAUAUCUACACGGGCUGGGCGGCUCAGGCCCUGAAUGCCGACCUACUGGUGGAGUCUUGGCAGACGCAAGGCCAUGAGCUGCCCUCCAACUGCUCGCUGCCCAAGCACGCCAUGAACAUCCGGAGGAUUCAGCUUCCAACAUCCGUCCGGUUCAGCUCACAUCAUGACCACUCAAAGUGGUGCGUGGCGUGGCUUCACGAGGACCAGGUGACCUGCCUGGGGGAUCUAAACAGGGAGAGGGCCCAGCUGUGGCGUGGCGGGGGGCUCAUCUGCUCCCACAACCCGGUGAUCUACAAGGCUUUCAGACGGGUGGUGGACCUGUACAUCAGCUGCUGAGCAAGAUAAGAAAUUUCUGGAUGCUCAGGUUGUGAUCUGGAACAUGUGGGACCAAAGAACGUACUUACUGUCGACUAUUUUUCACCUCCAUAUCACCAGCAGCAGUACAUAAAAUACACCCAUCAGUUUCUUUGAAAGCUAAAUUGGAUGCAAAUAAGUGCAACAAUAAUACUAAUGAUAAUUACAAUUGUGCAUGUACAAUUUGAUACCCAAUAAGAUCUAUUUUAAUCCCAAUUAUAUCAGCAGAAAACAGUUGUAUGCUGUAACCCAAUCUACAUGUAGAUGGAUCUAUGAUUUGGUAUUCCUAAAAUCAUGUGGCAAACAUCAGAAAUGAUUGUGUUUCACUGGUAAAUAAAUACCACACUUACCGUUUUUAUAGUCCUGUUUAAAAUAAAAUUAUUAAAAA